UGAUAAGAUUACACGAGCUUUUAACUCAGCCUACAGACACGAUAAGCACCAUCUCGCAUUGAGGCGUCAACCGUGCCGAAUCGAUUUCCACGAUGCCAGCCUACAGAUGGGUAAAUCGUACCAGCUCUCAAUCGCUGCCAGAAAACGCGGUCAGCGGCGGUCGCGAUUGUGACGGAAGCCCACUUUACGUUGGCAGAGCUUUCCACGAUGGUGACAUGGUGCCGGCGAAAGUGAUUCCUGACAAGGGUGUCGCCUACAUUUGUCACAGCGGCGAGGAACAUCCCAAAAGUAAUUACGAGGUUCUCGUCCAAGGGGAAUUCUCAUGGGAGUUCUGCAGCAAUGGUGAGGUACCAUCAGAUGCGAUAGUCGCUGGUCAAACCGCGGACGGAGAACCUCUGUAUGUUGGCCGUGUCCUCCAUAGCGGAUCUCAAACAAUUGGCAAGGUACAACCGAGUCACGGAUGCCUGUACAUUCCGUUUGACGGCGAGGAGUUGUCGUUCAAGGAUUACGAAGUACUCGUUAUGCAUUAACUCGAUUGCGGAUGCCCAAAGAUUGAAGAUGUAUUACGCAUUUUAUACACAACCGAAGUUAAUUGAGUCAAAACAAAACAACCUCCAAAUAGGCCGCUGAAGCAUAAAGAACUGAAUGAAAAAUUAUUGCGAACAAAACUUUCCGUUUUUUUUUAAUUUGUAAAACUUCAUUGAAAUAAAUAACGAAAGGAUAAUUUUAAAUAAUUAUUUUUAAUUAUUUCCUACGAAUAAUAAAUAUUUUGUUUCGAGAAUGAACGAUUACCGGAUAAAUAAUUCGUAUUUUUUUUUAGUUUACCUUAACGUGUAUUUAUUUAUUCGUGUAAUACUGUAAUUUAUUAUUUUAACUGCGAUGGCAUCGUUACAUAAUUGAAAUAUUAGGUUGAUCAAAAAGUCUUUUCGUAUUUACGAAUUUAAAUACGAAAAGACUUUGUGACCAACCUGAUUUAUCUGAUACAUUACAGUAUUACACGAAUAAUCGUCAGUCACUAAAAAUAUUAAAACAAUAGUUAUGUACUAUUGUUAUUUAUUAUUAUAUCAUAUAACAAUAGACACGUGACAUUAAAACUGUAUAUCCAUAAAAUUUAUUGUUAUCUUCUAUUUCCAUACGUCCUUCGUUUCAAGUAAUUUAAAUGCUUUUCGUGCUUUAAACUACAUUUUACAUUGUUAAAAAAUUAAAAUAUACAAUACUGCGUAACAUGUUGACGAAGAGAAUAAAUAGCCUAGUUAAAUUGUUAUCAGUAAACGACGAAAUAAAAAUCAAUCUGAAAGGCAAA